AUGAAUCGAAUACUCAUUGAUGGGGGAUCUGCUGUCAAUAUCAUGUCCGUACGUGCUAUGAAAGAACUAGGAAUAUCAAACGAUGAACUCUCCCAGAGCCGCCUCAUGAUCCAAGGAUUCAACCAAGGGGGGCAAAGAGUGAUUGGUCUCAUAAGGUUUGAAUUGCUCAUUAGUGAGUUGUUUUCGAGUGCGUUAUUUCAUAUUAUUGACACCAGAACCUCUUAUAACAUGCUCCUGGGAAGACCCUGGAUUCAUGAGAAUGAAAUUAUACCAUCUAAUCUUCAUCAAUAUUUCAAAUAUUGUCGAGACGGUAUAGUUAGAAAAGUUACUACCGAUGAUAAACCUUUCACGGAAGCCGAGACUCACUUUGUCGAUGCCAAAUUUUAUCUUCAAAAAGAAACAAAAGGAAAAGAGUCAACAAGGGAAGAAAGUCAAGAUUCCAAAGUACCCAUUUUACGUUAUAUUCCAAGAUCAAAGAGAGAAGAAGGUCAAACUUCUUUUGUCAGGAAUGACACAUUAAAUGUUUCACUCACCAAAAUAGAGCCUGUUAAAAGUGAAAAAAUGACCUUGCAAGGGUUUGUCUGUCCUAAAGAAGAACCGGCAGUAGAACAUUACUCACUACCAACUAAUCGGAUUCAAGAAGGUUUUGAUCCAAACGCAUAUAAACUUCUUGCUAAAACGGCUUAUAACCCCAAUGAGAAGAAUGCAUUGGACAAACUCCCUCCUGAAGUAACUGGCGAGAAGACUUACGGAUUGACACCUACGCAGAAAAUGUUGAAAGAAAGAGGCUAUAACGUUGAGAAUUCAUCGAUGGGUCUUGGUUAUCAACCGUCCUCUCCUGUUCGUAUAAUGAUCAAAAGGGCAAGUUGUAAUUAUGUGAACGAAGAAAUGGAGGUCACAAGCCGAAAGAGUUAUGUUUUCGACAGAUUGAAAAAUAAGUCAAAGCGUACUUCUGUGUUCGACAGACUCGACCCGCAGCCGAAAAAUUUGAAAUCGCCCGUCUAUGAGAAAUUGGACAGCAAAAAACAAGGGUACCAAGUUGUCAAGAAAGAAAAUCUUACUCUAAUAAAGAUGAAUGGUACGAGAAAAAGAGUUUCCAAUUUCUUUAUGCAUUAUGGAGACUUGUUUAAUGCAAGGAUCGAAACCAUCCUUGAAGAACAGGAUCCGGAAAGUAUUGCUUCUUGCCAUCAUAUUACGAUCAGUGAUCCUGAAAAAGGAGAAGGAGAUGCAGAUGAUGCUCCCGCUGAAUUUGAACAUGGAGUAAAAAAUACAGUCGAUGCGCUAAAAGAGAUUAAUUUUGGCACAAGUGACGACCCUCACCCAAUUUACAUAAGUUCUUGUAUAACUCCUGAAGAAGAGAAAGAGUAUGUUGAUUUGCUGCUCGAGUUCAAGGAGGUCUUUGCCUGGAAUUACUCAAAAAUACCUGAUUUGGAUCCAAGGGUCGCUGUUCAUAACUUGUCGGUCAAGCGAGGAACAAAACCUGUCAAGCAAACUCAGAGACGUUUUCGACCCGAAUUGAUUCCUUUGAUAGAAAAUGAGAUAAAUAGAUUAAUUGAAACUGGAUUCAUACGAGAAGUAAAAUAG